GAGAGAAAGAAGGAAGGAAGAAAGAAAAAACAGAAAAGAUCGAUUGAAAGGAGAAGGAAAGAAGAAAAUAGAGAAAGAGGAGGAGUGAGAACAAGGAGAAUAAGAGAGGUGGUUCCGAAGGUGUUCCAGAGGGACAAGUUUUUAGAGUGCACUUGCUUUUCUUCGUUCGGGGGCAGAGGGUGAAGAAGACAACGAUGGCCGGAUGGUGGAGCUUUGGUGGUGCUUUUCUUCUGUUUUUUGGUAUUCUCCUUGUUUCCUAUUUGUACAAGAUCAACUGGAUUAAGGUGAGUCUUCUUUGAUACCAUUAUCCUACUUAUAUUUAUCUACUUAUAUCACAUCUNNNAUCAAAGAAACGAAAAUUGGGUAAACUUCCUCCAGUUUAUCCAAACGGAUGGUUUGCCUUGUUAGAAAGUUCUCAAUUAGAUAAAGGUCAAGUAAAACAUGUAGCUGCACUUGGACAAAAUUUUGCAGUUUUCAGAACAGAUAAUGGGACAGUAAGAAUUUUAGAUGCUUACUGUCCUCAUUUGGGUGCAAAUAUGGCCGAGGGUGGACGUGUAAAAGGUGAUUGCUUAGAAUGUCCUUUUCAUGGUUGGCAAUUUCGUGGUUCUGAUGGGCAAUGCAAUCAUAUCCCAUAUGCCGAUAAAGUGCCACAUAUUGCUAGAACUAAAACUUGGAAAAGUUGUGAAGCUAAUGAAAUUAUUUUCGUUUGGUACCAUGCAGAGGGAUUAGAACCGAAUUGGCAACCACAAACAAUUAGCCAUGUUUUAAAUCGAACAUGGCGUUAUCAUGGACGAAAUGAAUUUCUUAUUAAUUGUCAUAUACAGGAAGUUGCAGAAAAUGGUGCUGAUUCAGCACAUCUUAGUGCAGUACAUGGUCCAGCAAUAUUUACAAAAAUUGCAAAUUUUUUUUCUUCUUUCGCUCGUCAUUCAUGGACAAACGUUAAUUGGACACCACAUAAUUCUUUCUUAAAAUCCCAAGAUUCUAAAGAAAUCAAAGCAAUAAAACAAGAUGAUGAAAACUUAAGGCAUAGAGCAUAUAUGACUUUAAGACACAGUCUAAUUCUAUUUGAGAAAUUUAAAUUUUUACAAUUGGAUGUAAAUGUUCAACAAAUAGGCCCAGGAUAUGUCGAACUUAUGAUGCAUACUUCUUUGGGAUCAAUGUGUAUUUUUCAGACAGUAACACCAAUGGAACCCCUUUUACAAAAGGUGACUCAUUUACUAUAUUCUCCUCCUCUGCUUGGUCCAUAUGCUAGUAUGUUAUUCUUAGCAGAAUGCUUAAUGUUUGAAAGAGAUGUAGCCAUUUGGAAUCGAAAGAAGUUUGAAAAACAACCUCUCUUGGUCAAAGAAGAUAAAAGCAUACUUGCUUAUCGCAGAUGGUAUGCUCAAUUUUAUUCGCAGCACAGUCCAAGUUAUCAUUCUGCCAUUAAAUCUUUACAAUGGUAAAUUUUUUAUAUUGAAAAAAUUUUUGUAUUUUUGACGGAACUCAAAUUUUAUUAUAUAAAUUAUAAUAUUAAUGAAAAUUGAAAGAAUAAUUCAUUUAUAAUGUUAAUAAUAAAUUGAAAAUAUUUACAAUGAAAGAUGCACAAAUAUUUACAAAAAAUGGAAAGAUGAUGUAUUUAAAAUUCAAAUAUAUUAUAUUAUUCCUAUAUAUUUAAA